AUGUCAGCCGACGUCCCAGUAAAAAGUUCCACGUUCGCAGACGUCAGGGUAAAGAGUUCCACGCCAGCAGACGUCGCAAUAAAAAGUUCUACGCCAGCAGACGUCAAGGUAAAGACUUCCACACCAGCAGACGUCAGGGUAAAGAGUUCCACGCCAGCAGACGACCAACAGCAGAAGCAGACGGAGUGCCAUGACCAGGAGAGCAGGCUGAAGAAGGUCAAUGACGUAUGUGUCAUCACUCCCAUUGGCUACGCUUGGAGGAUUAUCUCUGACGUCGAGCACAGAUUAUCCAACUGUAUUGUGCCCAAGGUGGGCUGCACCUUCUGGAUCAACAUCUUCCGGUUCCUCAACAACGAGACGAGUGGCGUCAUCUAUGACUCCCCUUUCGACAUCCCCCGCAUGACCACACACUACGGGAACAUCAGCUUUGAGGAGUCGAUGUGGAGCAGUCAGCCAGCCUCCAGCUUUAUGGCUGACUCUUUGAGGUUCAUAACUAACACUAGCUUCAUGGAGAACCCCGAACAGCUGAACGAGCAUUGGGCCCCCUACAAGUACGUGUGCGACCCCUGUUUGUUUCGACCCCACAUCCUAGGCAAGAUGGAGACUUUCACACGGGACUCAAGGCUUAUUUUAGAAAAAGCCAACAUGACCUGGCUCCUGGACGAGCCUAUAAAUAGAAAGGUCAACGUGACCCACUCUGUGACGGCCGACCGAGCCAUAAAAGAGAUGGAGAUGUUGACAGAAUACAAUGUGGAAAUGUGGAACUUUUUCCAGGAGGAAUUUGAGACCUGCUUCACGCUCGAACAACUCUUCAGCCGGCUGUGGACGGCGUUCCAGUUCAAUGGUCACCUGCCCAUGGAGGUACCGUUCCCACCCAGACGGCCCAGGGAGCCGCCUCUGACCCAGGAGUCCUUCAUCCAACUCUGCACCCAUGCGUACAAGGCCUGGAGCUCCAGAGACAGCAAGACACAAAAGGCACAAAAAAGGGCGGCGAUGCUCCGUGGUUACAUGGAGGUGCCAACAGAUCUUUUGUACAAGAUAGAAGAACUGUACCGGUGGGAUUUUAUCAUGUUUGAUUACAACAGGUAUCCACGGGAUAUUUAUGAAAAUAGGUGA